AUGGCGUCCGGCGGAGGGAACAUUAAGGUUGUUGUGCGCUGCCGGCCCUUCAACAGCAGAGAGAAGGACCGCAAUGCACAAUGUAUCGUGCAGAUGUCUGGCGCCCAGACCGUCCUGUCGCCCCCGAAAGGACAUGACGCCAAAUCCAAGGGAGGCAACAAGGGCGCCGUCGAGGGCCCCAAGACUUUCGGAUUCGACAAGAGUUACUGGUCCUUCGACAAGUCUGCGCCCAACUAUGCCGGCCAGGACAACCUGUUCGACGACCUCGGCAGACCGCUGCUUGACAAUGCAUUCCAGGGAUUCAACAACUGCAUUUUCGCCUACGGCCAGACCGGUUCGGGAAAGUCGUACUCCAUGAUGGGCUACGGCGAAGAGUAUGGUGUUAUUCCGCGCAUUUGCAAGGGCAUGUUCGAGCGCAUUGAGGAAAUACAAAAGGACUCGUCGCUCAACUGCACCGUCGAAGUUUCGUACCUCGAGAUUUACAACGAGCGCGUUCGCGAUCUGCUGAACCCGGCCAACAAGGGCAAUCUGAAAGUCCGCGAACAUCCGUCUACCGGCCCCUAUGUCGAGGAUCUGGCCAAGCUCGUCGUUCGCUCGUUUGUGGAGAUCGAAAACUUGAUGGACGAGGGUAACAAGGCCAGGACGGUUGCCGCCACCAACAUGAACGAGACCUCUUCUCGAUCGCACGCCGUCUUUACUUUGACCCUGACCCAGAAACGUCACGACAACGAGACAAACAUGGAUACGGAAAAGGUUGCGAAGAUCAGUCUGGUGGAUUUGGCUGGUUCCGAACGUGCCCAGUCUACGGGUGCAACCGGCGCGCGUCUGAAGGAAGGUGCUGAGAUCAACAGAUCCUUGUCGACCCUGGGACGUGUCAUUGCGGCUUUGGCAGACCUGUCCUCCGGAAAGGCCAAGAAGAAGGCUGCUUCGAUGGUUCCCUAUCGAGACUCGAUUCUCACCUGGCUUCUGAAGGACUCACUUGGUGGGAACAGUAUGACGGCCAUGAUUGCUGCAAUUUCCCCUGCAGACAUCAACUUCGACGAGACUCUAUCGACGCUACGGUAUGCCGAUUCUGCCAAGCGCAUUAAGAACCACGCUGUUGUCAACGAGGACCCGAACGCUCGCAUGAUCCGCGAGCUCAAGGAGGAAUUAGCCCAACUCCGCUCAAAGCUUGGUGGCGGAGGAGGCGGUGGAGGAGGCGGAGCAAGCGUCCCUCCAGAAGAGCAGUAUGCACCGGACACCCCGCUGGAGAAACAAAUCGUCUCCAUCACUUCCGCGGACGGGUCUAUCAAGAAGGUCUCGAAGGCAGAGAUUGCUGAACAGCUGAGUCAAUCAGAAAAACUGUUCAAAGAUCUCAAUCAGACGUGGGAGGAAAAGAUGACAAAGACCGAGGAAAUCCACAAGGAGAGAGAGGCCAAGCUUGAAGAGUUGGGUAUCAGUAUUGAGAAAGGCUUCGUAGGCCUCCACACCCCUAAGAAAAUGCCCCAUCUGGUCAACCUGAGCGACGAUCCGCUGCUAGCCGAAUGCCUUGUCUACAACCUCAAACCCGGAACGACCUUGGUUGGCAACGUUGACACCCAGAACAACGCCGAAGUCCGCCUCAACGGAUCGAAGAUCCUUCCUGAGCACUGUACGUUCGAAAAUGUAGACAACGUGGUGACGGUGGUCCCCAAACCUAACGCAGGAGUCAUGGUCAACGGCUUGCGCAUCGAAGAGCCAAAACGGCUUCGGAGUGGUUACCGUAUCAUUCUGGGCGACUUCCACAUAUUCCGAUUCAACCAUCCCGAGGAAGCCCGUGCUGAGAGAGAAGUGCAGGGCAGUCUUCUCCGUCACUCGAUGACAGCGAGCCAAGUGCCCUCGCCCGCUGGAACUCCUUCGCGGCCUGCGCAUUCUCGAACUUGGAGCACCGCCAGUCAAGGCCAGUCCGAAGAUCCAAGCCCGCGAGGAGGCUCGCCACUUCCUUACAAGAACAGCCGAGAUACCGAUUGGUCUUUCGCCCGGCGCGAGGCAGUGACAGCAAUCCUCGGACCUGACCAGAAGAUCUCCAACCUGACCGACGAUGAGCUUGAUGUCUUGUUUGACGAUCUUCAACGCGUGCGUGCGGUGAGGAAAGCGAAACCAGACAGCAAAUUCUCCGAAAGAGAGGAAGACGCAGAGUCCGACGGGUCUUUUCCUAUCAGGGAGAAGUACGCUUCAACCAGCACGGUGGACAACUUCUCCUUGGAUACUGCAUUAACAAUUCCUGGAACCCCGCAGCUUGGAGAAGAGGACGAGCGACUCAGGGCUGCUCGUGAAGAGAUGCAAACUCAGCUCGAUAAGCGUAGGGGCGAGUACGAAGACCAGCUCAAGGAUGCCGAAGGGAGUUCUGUCGAAGUUGAGGACAUUCGUGUUCACAAGGUCAAGAUGGAAGAGCAGCUCCGCGCGGUCAAGGAGGAGAUGCAACACGAACUACAGCGACAGAAGGAAAGCUUCGAAAGACAACUUCAGGAGUACUCUACACCAACGUCGGAAGGAAAGAGUGCGUUCAUCUUCCUCUCCAAGGAGGAGGCAGAACGAGCGAAAAACGUGUUCGCGCAUUGGCGACAGCGCAGAUACGUGGCCAUGGCGGAAACGCUACUUCAAAAUGCCGCAUUGCUGAAGGAAGCCCAAGUCAUGAGCCAGCAAAUGGACAAGAAUGUCGUCUUCCAGUUCUGUGUUGUCGACGUGGGCCAUACGUUUGCAUCUUCCUACGACCUAGUGCUCAAUGGCGUCCCCGGCGAGGACGACGAGGAUCUCGACGCGACACCGAAACCGUGCAUCGGCGUCAGGGUCGUCGACUUCAAGGACCAUGUCAUCCACCUUUGGUCCUUGCAGAAGCUCCGAAGACGCGUCAGGGCAAUGCGCCAGAUGCACCAGUAUUUGAACAAGCCGGAGUAUAUGCAGCACUUCCGCCUUGAAAACCCGUUCACUGAACCCUGCUCACCGGAGUACUCGCGAAUCGGAGACGCAGACGUGCCCCUGGCCGCGGUUUUCGAAUCUCGCGUCCAGGAUUUCUCGAUCGACGUUACAUCAACCUACACGGAGGGCGUGGUCGGCAUCUUGCGGCUCUCUUUAGAGCCUUCCUUCGCUGAAGCUUCCUCGUCGACUUUGAAGUUCAACGUGGUCAUGCAUCGAAUGAUUGGUUUCCCUGAACGUGAAGGGACUGACGUUCAUGCGCAGCUGUUCUUCCCCGGCAUUUCCGACGAAGGAGGCGCGACCACUACUCAGAUGAUCAAGGGCUUCAACGAAGGGCCGAUCAAGUUUGAGAGUGUGCACAGCAUGGGCUUGCCGCUCAACAGUCCCCGCAGUUCGUCUCUUCGGAUUUCCAUUUUCGCCAAGGUCACUUCGACGCAUCUAGACAAACUCCUGAGCUGGGACGACAUGCGCGACUCGGCACCCAGACCAAAGGUGAAGCGCUUGAACUCGCGGCUGCCCGAGUCUGAGUUCUAUGCUGAAGAGCGUCAUGACAUCUUUGCGAGGGUGCAGUUGCAAGAAAUGGCGGAGGAUGGCAACUACAAACCCGUCGAUGUCAUCCAGACCGGACCGCUCGAUCAGGGUGCUUUUCAGCUACACCAGGGCAUUCAGCGCCGAUUCGUCGUCGAUCUUACGCACAGCUCUGGGCAAAUGCUCCAGUGGCAAGACAUUUCGUCGAUCCGUGUGGGCCACGUCAAACUGCUCGACGCAAGCGGGCGCACCGCCGGAACGGAUUCUCCGCAGCCUCAAGUGCCGAUGAAGCUCCUGGCCAGACCGACUGUCAAGGACAACGCCGAUGGUACAAGCAACGUGACGUUUAUCGCGCUUUGGGAUUCCAGCAUGCACGGGUCUCUUAUGCUUGACCGCACCACGGCCGAUCGCUACAGAGUCCAAGUGUCUCUCAUCUGGGAUGUCGCGUGCGCCAAGCUGGCGAAGCCCAUGACUUUCUCCUUGGACGUCUCGGUGCAAAUCCGCUCUCGUGCCUACAUCCGUCCGACUUCGAUGUUCAGCUCCAUGUUCAAGGGUCAACGCGUUAUACAUUCCACAACCGGCAUGUUCUCUGUCGCCAUCAGGCCAGUUUCGGCAAAGAGGGCGGUGGACCUGUGGAGGAUGAGCACGCAGCACGACUACGUCAAGGGUGAGGAACUGCUUACGGGCUGGACUCCGCGCGGCGUGUCCCUCGUGAAGGACUUCCUUGCUACGCGGAAGCGGCGCAGGAGAGUGGCGGAGAUUGAGACAGCUCGGAGCAUUCUCAGCCAGAGGGCGCUCACGGCCAACAGCGAUGCUUACCUUGAGAACGAAGGCCAGCUGGACGAGCGGCAGAUAGAGCUUCUGAACAAGGUCCUUGCGCUUUGGCAGACGAGGAAGGACAUCGGUGAGAUUAUUCUCACGAAGGAAAAUCUCGAGCCGCCGGAGCGGGGUGCAGCGUUUGCCACGCCGCCCAAUGGUGAGACGAAGCCCACACUAAUCUCAGAAGUGCGCUAUGUGCCGAAGAACCCGACAAUGCUGAAGAGCGGCUAUCUCAUGACGCCGGAUGAUACCAACACACGGUGGGUGCGACGGUUCGUGGAGCUGCGGCGCCCAUAUCUGCACAUCUUCACAGUGCCGGAGGGCGAUGAACUGAAUGCCAUCAACCUCUCCAACUCGCGCAUAGACCAUCAACCACAGUUGGCUGGGUUGUUGCAGCGGCACAACAUGAACGUCUUCGCCGUGUUCGCGCCGCAAAACACGUUCCUCUUCGCAGCCAAAAGUGAACGCGAGAAGAUCGAGUGGAUCCUCAAAAUCGACCAGAGCUACUUCAGCAGCGGGAGCGGAACGCCCGCAGAGGACGACGACAGUGCUUGA